GACGAUCGAGCAGCAGCAAGCCAAGUUCAAAAAGGCAAAGGAGGAAAGGGGAUGGCUUAUGCAGCGUGGCAGUGGCAGGGUGAAGCUUGAGUCUAGCCUUGGGCUUGCCGCCAAGCGCGCCAAGAAGCAGAAGACGGUGGAUGUUUGCUUUGUCUUUGACACGACGGCAUCGAUGCAAUGGUGGCUGAAGACUGCAGCCGAGAAGAUGGAAGAGAUCGUCAUGGACACCAUCAAGCGCUUGGGGCAGGGUGCCCACGUUCGCGUUGCCUUCGUUGGCUACAAGGAUUACGGGGAGGAGGGACAUCCCGUGGUCCAUCCUUUCACCAGCGAAGUGGGCAAAGUCAAGGCAUUUCUCCGCACGCUCAAGGCCGAGGGCGGGGGCGAUCAAUGUGAGGACGUGCUCACGGGCCUCGAGGCUGCCCUGAACCUCACCUGGUCCUCGACAUCGAAGGUCCUCUACCUGCUGAGCCAGACUCCAAACCAUGGCUGGCGAUUCCAUUCUACAUUCGAGGUGUCGACCGAUGCCCGCGCGAUCGACGAGGCCAUCGCUGCAUGCAAGGACAUCCCCGAGGCGAAGCGCGACGAGCUGGCCAAGGAGAUGGCCACGAAAUCCUACGACCUCUAUGGCGACGACCCGAGGCAGUGGGGGCCGAUGGAUGCCAUUCUUGCCGAGUUCCAAAAGCAGGGCAUUCAGCUGAUUUUCCUCAAGGUGGGAAGUUCGGACACCUUGGACAAGAUGGCCCAUGUGUUCCGGCAGGAGUACCAGAGAUGUGCCGACGACCCCUGGCUGAUGAAGGUCUUCGCUCUGGACAGGGAUGUGAAGCUGUUUCGGAAUGUGGUCUCCAGCACCUCUUCCGCGAGCUUUAGCGCAAGCCUCUCGCGGCUCAGCCGGUCGGGCGUUCGGCCCGCAAAGAUGCUCCCGCUAGAGAUUUGUGAGACGCCUCCAGACUGGUCUCGGUGCGACCAAUGGAUCAGCGUCGAAGCGUGUCUUACCUCCUACGAGAUGGAUGACCUUGACGAGCCCGCGCACAAGACCUCGCGCGACUGCCGUGUGGCAAUUUGUCCUGCCCCCUUCGGAAAGGGUGCCAUGCGCUUCGCUUUCUACGUUGUGGACCAGGAUCACCCAGAGACGAAGCAGGUGGGCAAAGUGUACCAGUUCGACGAUGAAGCUUACCAGUGCAAGGCAACCUACGAAGGCGACAUGAAUUCGCAGGCAGUUGCGCAAUUCUUGGCCAAGGAAUUCAGCAUCGAGUAUCCCGAGACCCCCAUCGAGUUCGUGCAAGCUCAGUUGCUGGUGCUGCAAUCCAGGGCCAGCGGGCUCCCGUUCAAGUACAUGGCGCUGGAGCCCUGGAUUCCCGGGAAGUACGCCAAGUAUACCUCGAACGCUGGGCACAUUGCCGCUGACUCGGACGUGGCCCAGGCUUUCUCCCAUUACACGUUUCAGAAGAGCGGUGGGGACGUGCUGGUGAGUGACAUUCAGGGGGUUCAGACCACGCUGACAGAUCCCCAAAUCCACUCGGAGGAUGUGAACCGUUUCGGUCGUGGCAACUUGAGGACCAAAGGCAUGGAUAUGUUCUUCGCCAGCCAUGUUUGCAGUGACAUUUGCCACACUUUGGGCCUCGAGGCUCAUCCUUUUCAGCCUGGCCAAAGCUCUGCUGCCGACAUGAUGGAGGCGAAGCUGGCAACUGUGGCAGAGGACGCCGGUCCGCCUGAGGCGGAGGCGGACGCCUCUGCCGAGGCGGGGUCCAUGCCUGCGCAGAGCAUGCCGUUGGAGGGAUCUUGUCUCCGGGGCUUCUUGGACGCUGUGCGCCAUGAUGCGCAGAAUGUGCUGGAGAAUGGAAGCAUUUCAGUGACGGGUACGGCCUGUGACGACCUGGGUGGGGCUGUGAUUGAGUGGAGCCCCGUGCCGAAGAUCUCCCGCGUGGUGAAAGGCUCGCCGGCCGCCCUGGCUGGGUGCGAGGAAGAGGCAUGCCUGACCAUGGUGGGUGGCACUUGUGUGCAAGAGCUGGGCCGUGCAGAUGUGUUGAAGCUCCUGGCUGCGGACAACAACAUGAUCUUCUCCACAUGGUCUCAGUCCCAUCUGCGAAAGAUGGCGCAAGGCCUAAGCGCGGGCAAAGAAUUCAAUCUCGAGAAGGCCCUUGAAGACCUUGCCAAGUUGAUGGACGACGUGGCGCCCAAAA